AUGGCUAACACUGCGAUUCACGUUUUCUUGCUCGCUUCGCUUUGCGUUGCAGCCGUAUUCACGCAGGCAUAUGAUGAUGUCACAACUGAAAAGCGCGCCAUGAGAAAUGCCCUUGUACGCUUUGGAAGAGCAAGCGGUGGAAUGAGAAACGCCCUCGUUCGAUUUGGCAAACGAUCAUCCAUGGAUGAGGACUUUUCACCAGAAAGCCAAUACCAAGGAAAACGCAACGGAGCACCACAACCAUUUGUGCGCUUCGGUCGGUCUGGUCAAAUCGAUCAUAUUCACGACAUUCUGACAACUAUUCAGAAGCUGCAAUUCGCCGGCAACAAGUAA